UUUUGUUUGAAAACAAAUCAAAACAUACAAACCAUUACCAAAAUGAACAAAUUCUUUGUUAUCGCUUUCGCUUUUGCUUUCGUGGCUUCAGUUUCAGCCAUUAGUGGUGUUAAGGACUGGGCUGGAAAUUAUUACGAUCUGACUACUGGUCAAUACUCGAGCUCAUUGACUGGUCGUGUUUAUAACACUGCACCCACUGUCGUGGCCUCAGCUCCGUAUGUUUCCGCACCGUUGAGCGCUCAUUUGGCCACUCCAUAUGGUGCUCCAUUGGUCGCAUCAUAUGCUGCUCCUUUGUCAACUUACGGCGCCUACAGUUACGCUGCUCCCUAUCCUUUGGCAUAUAGUAGCCGACUUCUCCUUAAAUAA